AUGGACAAGGCUAAGGAAGCACUCGACAAGGCCAACCUUCCCCCGUGCAUCAAGGGCAGAAGGUGCUUUUGCUACUGGCCCAAAUUCAGCCCACCUGUACCGGACCUUCAUUAUCACCCAGACCUUCGGUAUCCGGAGAUCCCUGAACCAGGGACACCGCUAGAGGAGACCGAUUCGGCCCUUGUCUUUUUUUUCAAUCAGUGGCGCCUCUUUUGGGAGUUCCCCAAACCCCCGAUUGGAGUUCCGCCGCCGGAUGACCCUUACUACAUGCUUGUCAGCGAUCCACGCAUCAAAAUAAGCGACCGCACUUCUGUUCGGGGGCGCCAGCCCGAAGGCAGAUAUCGCGUCAAAAUAGUCAUUCCGGCUCCAUAUGCAGAGGCCAUGAUACUAUUAACUCUCCGCGACCUCCGUGCCAAAGUAGGUGUCAACCAGUGGCAUAAUGAGCUGAGCUACCUGCUCGACCGAACCCAUGUUCUUGGCCUGAACUUGGAAGUGGACGAUAUUCGGGAGCCGUACCGCGGAUUUGCAAGACGAUUCGGUAGCGAAGAAUAUUCCGAGGCGCAGAAUGAUUAUUUGGGGUACGGUUACCAGUACAAGCUGUGGCUGGACUUGAAGAGACGCAACCAGCUUCCUCCAGCCGAAGAGCCGGAGCACAAGGAAAGGAGAUCUCUGUUCUCGCUUAAAAAAUCGUCUAAGGAAGCACAAGAUUCCCUACACGGAAUCUGA